CCGCAGCCCCCACUCCCAGUGGCCGCCGCCGCCUCCUCUUUUUUUCCAACUCCUCCGCCUCCACCAGUCCCCUAUCCCCGGCGGACCCCGGAGCCCGUGCAGAUGGCGACCGCGGCGACGGCGUCCGCUACGGCGGCGACCCGCUUCACGCUCCUUGCCGGCGCCGGCCUCCGCAGCCGCGCCAGCCGCCUCUCCACCGCCGUGCGGUUCCAGCGCCAGCGGGGGCUCACCACCACCGCGCUCCUAAAGACCGCCGACCUCCGGCCCAAGGAGCAGGGCCAGCCCGAGACGCUCGACUACCGCGUGUUCCUCGUCGACGGCGGGGGCCGGAAGGUGUCGCCGUGGCACGACGUGCCGCUGCGCGCCGGGGACGGGGUGUUCCACUUCAUCGUCGAGAUCCCCAAGGAGAGCAGCGCCAAGAUGGAGGUCGCCACCGACGAGGCCUUCACGCCCAUCAAGCAGGACACCAAGAAGGGCAACCUCCGAUAUUACCCGUACAAUAUCAAUUGGAACUAUGGAUUAUUUCCUCAAACAUGGGAAGACCCAACUUCUGCAAAUUCUGAUGUUGAAGGAGCAUUCGGAGAUAAUGAUCCUGUUGAUGUUGUUGAGAUAGGUGAAAGACGUGCCAAUGUUGGGGAUGUCCUUAGGGUUAAACCAUUGGCAGCUUUAGCAAUGAUUGAUGAGGGGGAGCUCGACUGGAAAAUUGUGGCCAUUUCUUUGGAUGACCCCAAAGCAUCUCUUGUUAAUGAUGUGGAUGAUGUAGAGAAGCAUUUUCCGGGGACACUGACUGCCAUCAGAGACUGGUUCAGAGACUACAAGAUACCAGAUGGAAAGCCUGCCAACAGAUUUGGUCUCGGCAACAAGCCCACAAGCAAAGAAUAUGCUCUGAAGGUCAUUCAGGAAACCAACGAAUCAUGGGAGAAAUUGGUGAAGAGGAAUAUCCCUGCUGGAGAGCUCUCACUAGCCUAAUCUUGGGUCCAUGGGAAGCCACAACAUUCUUUGAACCGCGUUUUUCUUAAGCAUGUCCUUUUGUAUGCUGUAAGCAUGCCUCUUCAUUUGCAGACGUUUUUGCGAACUGUGUAACAGGAAUAAUCUUGUCGGGUGAAUAAUGAUUCUGGAGCGCAUUUACCAUAACGGCAACGUCUGCGAUGAAUGUUUCUUUUUA